AUGCCAUCUAUCGAAAGAGACGCCCCUCGAGACCAGGACCGGCCCAUGAAGCACCAACAUGCUGCAUCCAUUGACGUUGGCCGCGCCCUGGUUCCCAUGUGGGACAGCUCUGACCCCGAGAGGGCCCCUCCUCCGCUUCCUCUGAACCCCCAAUCUCCUGGGGUCUCCCGCACAGGCACCUCGUCCGCGAUCCAAUCGGCCCAUGCCGCUAUGGCCGAAAAGGCCCGUGAGAACGCGGCGUUGGUGCCUCACCUCCCCAAGCGCGUGGAUGCGUCUCCGGAACGAUCCGGGCUGCGACCGUCAUCCCACCGCCGCAUGCAGUCCCUCCAGCCCGCAUCCGUGAAAGACAUGAGCUUUAUGCUAGAGUCCGCCAGCGGCCGCGAGUCACCCCAGUCCGUACCUAGGUCCCCAGAGAAAAUGGACCGCCCAAGUACUCCCCAGAGGCGGGACACCCGAGACGUCUUCGUGGAACCGCGCGAUGAGAGGCAAGACCGGUCGGCCACAAGUACACCGGUACCGGGGCCCAGUCUGACCCCGAUCAUCCGCCCAACCGCCCUCAGACGACCUCAGUCGAGCAUCCUCGGCGAGAACGCACCACCCCAGUCAGCUACCAUGCUGGCUCUCCAGAACAUGAGCACCCAGGCUAUCAGCAGCAGUAGCAACAGCGCCCCCGUCUCGCCGCUAAAAGAACCUGAAAACCCUCUCGCUAAUAUCACGAACGGUUCCAAGGCGCUCGUCAAGCCCCCCGGCUCGCUAGAUUCUUUGUCUAGCCAGAUCCUCUCUCUGACCGACAUUGCCACCACCCUUCAGAAAGAGAUGUCACUGCUCAGCAGGCGGAGCAGGGACAAUGCCACUGACCUGCUUAGCCUGAAGGAGGCUACCAACACCCGUGACGAGGACAUCCGGAAGAGCCUUCGUGAACUCAUGGCUGAAGCGAAGGCGAGGGCCGCCAACAACACCAGGGAUCCUUACGGGGGACCUUUGCUCUUGGAGGGUCGGCAUCCACCUUCGUCGCCCACGCUCUCCAAGACGGCGCGACCGUUCUCACUACCCCGAAUACCAUCCCCCAAUAGCUUUGCGGCUUCCUUUGACAGGGAGUCGCUACUUAGUACUCCUUCUCUUGUUUCGGACGCCCCACCAGCCGCUACCUCGGGUUUACUCGACAAAAUCAUGCGGGAUAUGGGUACCAGGGAAGGUCAGGAGAUGCUUUUGGGUCGUCUGGCUGAGCUGGCUGACAGGCUUUCCGGCAUGGCCUCGGCCGCUAAGGUGGAAGAGCUACUUCGCUUCCUCAAGUCUAACCAACAACAGGCCGUCGUCCCGCGUGCGGGCGGGGCUGAUGGGAGCAACCGUGGCCGGAAUUGGAGCUUUGACGAAGACGACACCAUAUCACGCCGGAGCGCCCUAGAUUACCUUCAGGCAGCCUCAGCCUCCCAGUCCUCGCGGAUACUUCCUAGGCAGGACACCCGGAGCACCCGGAGCGCUGACGGACUCGGCGACGAUGUUCUCCAGGCCAUCCGCAGUGUCAAGGAUAGUGUAGCGCAGGGAGGCGGUCUUACAGCGGAGACCAAAGCGCUCGUCCGAGAGCUUCGCGGCGAGGUUCUUGGUAUGGGUCGUGAGAUCGGCCGCCGGCUGGAUGAAGUGGCCGAACAAAGCCCUGGCGGAGCCGAAGGCGUCACCAAGGCCGAGAUGGCUCGGGUUGUGGAAGAAGGCUUGUCCGAAAUGAGCCAGCAAAUGAACAGUCUGCUCCGCGAGCACCGUCGGCAGUCCACGGGCACAGCCUCCCCACGCGAGUCUUCCAUCGACUACAAGGAGAUUUACAACAGCGUUCGUGCAGCCCUCAAGGACACGCAGGCCACCAAGCCACGAUCUCCCGAACUUCGUAGGGAGGACGUCGUCCAGGCCGUCAAGGAUGCUUGGGAAAAGUACAAACCCGAGAUUGAGAUUCAGCAGAUCGGGUUGGAGAGGGAUGAGGUUCUGGCCUGUCUGCAGGAGGGGCUUCGCGCCUACGCCCCUCGGGACGACCGACCUCCCGGGGCCACCCGGGACGAAGUGUUCCAGGCUGUUACGGACGGUCUGAAGCACUACGUCCCUCCCAAGGUGGAGAUACCCCCCGCUCUGUCUCGGGAUGAGAUUCUCGACGCUGUCAGGGAGUGUCUGGAAGAAUUCGAGUUCCCCGUUGCGCCGGGCAUGGGUAGCGACUUCACCCGCGAGGAUAUGCUGGAUGCCGUUAAGGAAGGCCUCCACUCAUUCGACUUCCCUACCCCCCCAGCGCCCGCGCCCGUUUCCCAGGUCACACGGAGCGACGUGCUCGACGCCGUUACUCAGGGAUUGCACAGUUUCGACUUCUCGACUGUCAACUCCAACGCUUUGGUGCCACAGUCGGUAUCCAAAGGGGACGUCUCUGAUGCCGUCAAGUCAGGCCUCAAGUCGCUUGAUCUGUCGUCCGACAUCCUGGACGCGGUCAAGGAAGGUCUCGAGAGUUCGGAUCUCCCUACGAAUGUGCUCCAGGUGGUGAUGCAGGGUAUUCAGUCUUUCGACUUUGCUGCUGCUAUUCCCCGGCCGGAUCUCUCGAGGGUGGAUGUGGCCGAUGCCGUCAAGGAAGGGAUUGAGAGCCUCGAUUUCAACAACAGCGUCACCAACGCCGUCAAGCAAGCUCUCAAGGGCUUUGAUUUCUCCUCGGCUCACUCGGCUCACUCGUCUUCCGCUCUGGUCCCUCAUUCCGACGUCUCUCGCGCUCUACCUACCAACAACGAGGAUGUGGCCGACGCUGUCAAGGAAGGGCUCAAGUCCGUGGACCUCAGCAAGGACGUGAGCGAGGCUGUGAGGAAAGCGUUGGAGGCGUUUGACUUCUCCGUUGUCUCCUCCGCCGUUGUUUCUCAGCCUGAAUUCUCUCGCGGUGAUGUUGUCAGUGCCGUCAAGGAAGGUCUCGAUACGGCCCAUCUCUCCAAGGAUGUCGCCCAUGCGGUCCAGGAGGUUUUGGAGUCCUUCGAAUUUCCUUCCUCCUCGGCCGCCGUCGCUGCCUCUUCUGGCCCAGACCUGUCUCGUGGGGAUGUGGUUGAUGCUGUCAAAGAGGGCCUCGAUUCCUUGGAUCUCUCCACUGGCCUCGGAGACGCGGUGAAGAAGGAGCUAAACGCUUUUGACUUCUCCGCCAUCCAGUCCACCGCACUGGCUGCGCCAGGAAGCGGCAACAGCGACGAUGUCAUGCAACGCCUCCAGGAGAUCAAGGAGUUGUUGCAGGGCGAGAUCAAAGCGGCAUCCGAGGAGACAAAGCAGAACAUUGCUGCCAACGCCCUAGGCACCGAGCAGGUCCUCGAUGCGACCAAGGAUGGCUUUGAAAAGCUGCGUCAGGAGAUGGAAGACUAUGUCGACCGUGCCAAGAGUGACUCCGGCUCGGAGCAGGCCGUCGACCAGCUCUUGGACACCUUGGAUGGAUUCCGCGAGGAUCUGACUGAGUUGAUCACACGCUCCUCAGACAACUCCCGUACGUUCCUCAAGGGUGAGGUUGAUUCUAUUCGCGAUAUUGUGAACUCCUCCAUGGUCCCAGCAGCUCCCCAGCAGCUCAACAACAAGGAGCUCAUCGAAGCCCUCCAGGAAGGACUCCAAGGCCUACGGUCGGAGAUCAGUAGCCGACCGAUUGCUGGGCUUACCGAAAUUUUGGACGCUCUGCAGGAGGGAUUGGGCGACAUCCGUACCAGCCUAAACAACCUCCGCGACAAGCCGGCCGACCUGACCGCGAACGAUGAGAUUCUGGAGGCGCUGAAGGAGGGACUUGAGAGCCUGCGGUCCGACAUUGACUCCCUCCGUGAAGAGAAGCAGAAUGACCGUGCUCUGGCCACCAUCAGCAAUGACACGAAGGCAAUCGAAUCGACGGAACAGAUGCUCAAGCAUGACGAUAUCAAGAACCUCGAGGCCUUGAUCACUCAGCUUGGCAUCAAGGUCGAGGCCCUGGAGUCGACUCCAAAGCCGGAAGUCAGCUCCCUGUCCAAGGAAGACCUCGCUGAGAUGGAGAAGGUGCUUCGCGACGUCACGGCCUCAGUCUCCAACAUGCCAAACCGGGAACCGUUGGAGGCUUUGGAAGAAAGCAUUCGCAAGAUCCAGGAGACGGUGGAUGAUCUGGCUUCGAAGGGACCUGCGCCCCUGCCGCGAUCUAGCACCGAUGCGGCUUCCAGGGAGGAUGUCGAGGCUAUUGAGACCAUUCUCCGGAAUACGAAGGGCCGUCUGGACGAUCUCAUGGACGGCGAGCAGGCUAUCCGCAAGGAUCACAUCGAUGGCCUGGAGACUCUAAUUCUCGAAGCCCGUGAAAGCGUCAACGGUCUGUCCUCGCAAUUUGAUGUCAUCUCGCGCAAAGAGCACAUCGAUGCCCUCGGGUCGCUUCUCGACGACACCCGGCAGAGCCUGGGCGGCUUGGCCACCCAAAUGGACAAUCUCUCCCGCAAGGAGGAUGUCGCUUUGGUCGAGUCGCUCGUGAACCAGGUUGUGGCCGCUUUUGACGAGAUGAAGGAGCGCCACGAGAAGGCCCUCGAAGAUCCCGAAAAGAUCACCAAGACGGAUGUUGAGGCUGUCGAGGCCGUGUGCCUCGACACCAAGUCCCUCGUGGAACACAUCCAAAAGGUCGAUCUCGUCAAUCUGCCGUCAAAGGAGGACCUUGAGAGCCUAGAGCUCCGCCUCGGUGAUGUCAAGGACAAGUUGGACGCUCAAGCUGACGCCAAUAUCAAGGGCUUUGAGGAGCGCCAGGCGGAGAUUGUCGGUGUGAGCGUCGCUGUAACCGAGGUCAAGACUGCCCUGGAUGAGUUCCAGUCACUCGUGCGGUCCAAGUUCGAGGAUGGUGGUCGGGGUAUCGAUUCGAUCCAUACUAUCCUCGACGCAUUGGGCGAGAGCGUUCGCAAGAACGACAACAUCAGCGACGAUGUCAAGGAACUCCUCGACACAGUGAAACUUGAAUUUGAGGACUCCAAGACUGGCCUUGUCGGCGUCAAGCUGGAGCUGGACGAGAAGCUCCAGUCCGCUGCGGAAUCAAUGCUCGCCAAGCUGGAUGAACGCAUGGCCGAGCUCAUGACCAAGCACGAAGAACUCCAGCUGACGCAGGACGAGCGCGCCGCCAAGGGCGAGGAAAGGGAUUCCGGCAUGGAAGCGGCCAUGAUUGAGACGAAGACGAUUGCGGAGGAGCUCAAAUCCCUGGUCGACACGCUGGGCGGUGCCGUUACGGAGUCCAUGGAGAAGGUGGAGGAAUCCUCCAAGACGGUGUUUGAGCGCGUUGAUGAGCUGGUCACCAAGUCGGACGAUAACCAUGCUGACAACAAGGUCGAGCACCAACUUACCCGCGAACAGGUCCAGGAGGCCAUUGGCAAGGUAGACGGUCUUCACGGCCAAGUGUCAGAGUACCAGCCCAAGAUCUUGGAGAGUGUGCAGGAAGUCAUGAUGGCCCUUUCCCAGCAUUACGAGAACCUCAAGACGUCAACUCUGGCGAUUCAGGAGCGGGUCGAAAACCCCCUGUUGCCCCCGCCGCCUGAGAAGUAUGACGACACGGUGGUGCAUGAGAAGCUCGAUACUCUGGUCGGCCAUACCCUGGUGGCUGGCAAAGCAUUCGAGCAACUCGACACACUUGACCAAGUCCACGCGCAGGUCAAGGCCACUGCCGCCGAACUGGCCGCCUUCCUUGCCGCCCAGACUCAGCGCAUCGCCGAUGAGCACGAGGACCGAGAGAAGACGCUCCAGGAGACUACGAUCACACUGGAGCGACGCCGGGAGGAGAUUGAUCAGGUUGAGGCUCUUUUAGCCACCCUCCGCGACGAAGAGGCACGGUUGAAGGAAGCGAUCACGGUUACCCUUCCGGAAGAGCAGAGCAAGAUCAAUGAGCAGUUCCUUUCCAACAUGAUUUCCGAAGAGUUCCGGCUCAAGGAGGCGACCACCACCCUGAUUGACGAACAGGCUCGGUUGAAGGAGACGUUCCUGGCUGCCCUCCACGAUGAGCAGGCGCCCCGGAUCAUGGAAACCAAUGUUGCUCUGAAGGAGGAGCAGGAGCAGCUGAAGGAGACGUUCCUGGCUAGCCUCAAGGACGAGCAGGCCCGGCUAAUGGAGAGCAACGUCGCCCUCAAAGGGGAGCAAGACGCAUUGAAGGAGGAGUUCCUCGCCAGCCUCCGUGAGGAAGAGGGCCGCCUCAAGGGAAUAAACGAGGCCCUGCGCGAGGAACACCAGAAUCUCAAGGAUGCCUUCCUCGCCAAUCUCCACGACGAAGCGGCACUUCUUAAGGAGUCGAAUGCCCAUAUCCGGGAGGAACAGGAGCGUCUCAGGGAGUCUUUCGCCGCGACCUUCAAGGAGGAAGAACAGCGGCUGCGCGAGGCUAAUGAGGCACUACGACUGGAGCAGGAGCAGAUGAAGACCACCCUCAAGGAGGAACAGGAGCGGUUCAAGGUUGAGUUGUUGGCUAACCUUAUGGAAGAGGAAACCCAUCUCAAGGAGGCCAACGCUGCGCUCCGCGAGGAACAAGAGCUCCUCCGCGCCGAUUUCCUGGCCACGCUCAAGGAGGAUGAGUCUCGCAUCAAGGAUAGUCUGGAAGCGCUACGGUCUGAACAAGAAGGUCUUAGCCGCCAAAAGACGCGUCUCAACGCCGAGUUGUCCUCAUUGGAUACCGCCCUGCGUCUUCGCCGUGAGGAACUCCACGACAUGGAAGCGCGCGCCGAGAGCCUUGAGCGCCGGAUCUUGGAGGGCGUCAUGGACCACUCCCGAGUUCUGCUUAUGGCCAAGACGAACCGCGGCAACGUUAACAGCACCCGCGACACGAUGAGCCGCAAGCGUGUGACCUCCAGCCAGAGAUCUGCUCAAGCAACGCCAGAGGCGAACGGUAACUCUUCGGGGACUGCCAACAACAGCAAAUCCCGCAGCGCCAUCAACAUGGCCAUGUCGGCGCGCAGCAAGGCCAACACGCCCAACGGUGCACCAGCAUCCUCAAACCGGCGAAUUUUGUCGCUCAGCCAGAUCACUAACAAUGUCCCCUCGGGCGGCAUGAAGCGCAGCCAGAGCGUUAGGACAGCCGGCGGCGCAGCCGCUGCAAGGGGGCUGAGGAAGUCGACCUGGGCGCCGCCUGUUCCUGCGCUGCCUGUUGGUGCGGCAAAGGGUUACGGGGAUCUCAAGGCUGCGGGCGGCGAUGGCAUGGGUGAGGAUGAUAAAGAGAACGCAGGCAUGGGCCAUCGCUUGCACGAGGGCGAGGAGGAUGCGUAUCAUGAACACCAGCAGCGUGAUGUAUCAUCAUCAAAACCGCCGGUGGACAUCGUCAUUUCGGAACCUACCAUCACCACCACCUCAGAGCCCGACAUCGUGAACAUCUCGGUUACGCCCUCGUCCGUUACGGAGUCGGGUGAGCACCAAACCCCACGGGGCGACGAGACGGAGGACGACGAGCAGAAUUUCCUGGAUGCAGAGGAGGACCGCUUCAGUGACCUCGGAGAGGAUGCAGUGGAUAUGGACGGGGAGGAUGAGGAAGGGGAUGCACGGAAUCUGAGGAGUUUGAGGCGGUCGAGCCAUGGUACGACUGUGAUCACGCCUGCGGACGAGGAGGGCCGUGAGGAGGAGCGGAAGGGCGAUGGAGACAUCGACGACGCGGCGAGCGACUGGACGGAGAGUGUGGUUGGGAGGGAAAGUGAAGGGAGCGUGGAUGCUGGUGGGGAUGACCCAGUGGGAGUGAUUGAGACGGGCGUGCCGGUUGCGGCAGCUAGUUGA